ACUCAGCUGAAACUCGGCCUCGCGGACACAAACCAUGUGGCCGUAGAGUUCUGGUUGUAGAGACCUCUCCUCUGGCCAACGGUCAGCGACAACUGUUUCAUACAGAGGCUACACAGCUACUGCAUAUAGAGACUCCACAGCUGAGUACAACAGCCCAGCAAAACAACACAAGGUCCAUUUACUGAAGAAUGAUCUCACACAAGGGUUUGGAGAAAAGCGCUCUUACAGAUGUUGGUCCUUUUGUCCAGACGUCAUGGACUUGGAUCAAUUUGUGAUGGCGGAUGGGGAUGACGAGGAUGAUGCAGCUCUUCAGUACAUGAUUGAACAGAGUCUGCUGGAGAACAACAGGAAGAAGGAAAGCAGCAAAGAUGAGAGAAGGCCCACAGACAUCAACACAAUCUUCACCGCCAUCAAACAAGGUAACGAGAAACUCCUGAAGGAUCAGCACAGAGACUCGUUCUUGCAGACAGACAGCAGGGGAUGGACGCCUCUUCAUGAGGCAGCAGCUCAGAGCAACCAAACCAUCCUGGAGCUCACGUUCAAAGCUUCAGGCCCAGACUCUGUGGAGAAACGUACUCUCCGUGGUCAGACUCCUCUCUUCCUGGCAGUAGAAAAAGGUCUAAUAGAAAACGUCUCCUUCCUCCUCAAACAUGGAGCCACGCCGGACUGCCAGGACCACGACAAGGACUCACCACUGUUUGUAGCGAUCCGUGCAGACCGCUCUGACCUGGUGAAGCUGCUGCUCUCGUGGGGCUCUGUUGUCAACCAGGAGGGCAUCCACGGCCGCCGACCCCUGCACGAGGCCUCGCGGCAGGGGAAACUAGGGCUGGUGACUAUGCUGCUUCAGGCCGGAGCACAGCCAGACCCCCGCAGCCACUAUGGCCUCACACCGCUGGCACUGGCUGCUCAGGGAGGACACCUGGAGGUGGUGGAGACUCUUCUGAGGAGAGGAGCAGAUGUCCUCUCUCAGGCGUACGAUGAGGCGUCCAUCUUGUACGAGGCGGCUACGACAGGAAAUCCAGCCAUCAUCAGUCUGCUGCUGGAGUACGGCGCUGACGCCAACGUUGCCAAACACACGGGACACAUGCCCAUCCACCGGGUCGCACACCGUGGACAUCUUCAAGCUCUGAAGCUGCUGAUUCCUGCCACCUCUAUGUCCGAUGUGAGCAACAGCGGGAUGAGUCCUCUUCACUCUGCGGCUGCAGGAGGACACACUCAGUGCAUUAAGGCUUUGCUGGAUGCUCGGUAUGACCCCAACUACAUGCUCCAUCCGUGGAUUCGGCAUAGCUACGACGAUGAGAGGAAGUCCGCUCUCUUCUUCGCUGUCACCAAUAACGACAUACCGUCAGCUAAACUGCUGCUGGAGGCCGGAGCCAUGACCAACCAAGACCCAGUCAAAUGUCUGCAGGUUGCGCUACGUCUUGGCAACUACGAGUUGAUCAACAUGUUGCUGCAGUACGGCGCCAACGUCAACUAUUACUGCAGAAUAAACACGACUCACUUCCCCUCGGCUCUGCAGUACGCUCUCAAAGACGAGGUGCUGCUCAGGAUGCUGUGUAACUAUGGUUACGACGUGGAGCGCUGCUUCCAUUGUCCCUAUGGAAACGGAUCUCACAUCCCUGAAGACUAUGAGGGAUGGACCAACACUGUAAUCAAAGACACUAUGUUCUGUGAGGUGAUCACCGUCUCCUGGUUGAAACACUUGUCGGGUCACGUGGUGCGUGUCAUGCUGGACUACUUGGAUCAUGCCAGACUCUGCUCUAAACUGAAGGCGGCUUUGAUGGAGCAGAAGCAGUGGCCCGACAUCUGCAGGCUGCAAGAAAACGCCCGGAGCCUGCAGCAUCUCUGUCGCCUGCAGAUCCGCCAGUGUCUCGGACGCCUCCGCCUCCGGUCCCCGACGUUCAUGAGCUUCUUGCCGCUGCCGGACCGGCUGAAGGACUACAUCCUGUACCGGGAGUUCGACCUACGUAGCAGCAACAUGGGCUCAGACAGCAGAGGGCGAAAACAAACCCGCCCUUCAUCUAUCUAUGAAUGAACAAAGCGGCAGAGAGUAAAUUUGUGUUGCGCUGCUUCUACCUUAGAGAUCUGCUGCAACCAGCUGAUGCUCUGCUCUGGGGUUUAAAGGGGGUUGGACAUUUUGUGGUUUAUCGCACUCACCUGGUCAGGUGCGCUAGACCAGGACAGGCAAACCAAGAAAGCUUGGUUUUCAUUUGCCAUAUUUUACAAUGUCAUACAAAGUUUAUGAAUAAUGCAUUGCAAUUACAACCCCCCCAGGGCCCCUGUCUUUCUACACUAGGAGGGAUUUUGCUUGCUUGGACUUGGGGUGCAACACAACAUCUUUUUUUCUAAGGCCCCCCAGAACCCAAGAUAUCCACUACACCUGCCUGGUGAUGUGAACCUUUUGGCUCGGCCUUAAUGUGUAGUUCAUUCCAUGUUGUGUAGGGUUCAGACUGUAACCUACCAGUAGGAGCUUUGUUUUCUCCCGCCUUUCCUCGUCCUGUUUGGGAGCCAGCUGUAGGUUUGGUUUGUUACCGUUUCCAUUCCUCUCGGUGUGUUGGUUAUUUGAAUAUUUCCUUUCUAGACAGGGGGUGUUUGUUUUUGCCUCGGCUCUCCCUGAUGCCAUAUUAUUCUCCUGUGAAUAAAACUUGUCUUAAAAUGGCUCAUCCAAUCUCCUCAUUUGUUGUAAGAGUCUGUAAAAUGUUAUUAAAUGUUUCCUCGUCAAACUGAAAACGGACGCAGAAAUAAAUCUAUUAGUACAGCAGCAACAUAUUCAUAAAAUGGCCAUUCAUCCGUUAUCUGUCACGUGUGAUGUCAAACAUACGGUCCGAGGGCCAAAGUCCUGCAAGAGGGUCCAAUGAAAAUUUUAACUGCACCUUUUCAAUAAAAGUAACUGCUAUUCCUAAUUCCUCUGCUAGGGGUCGCAAUGUUUCAAUAAGGAGCGCGGACACUUACACCCAGAACUAAACAGCAGGGGGCAGCAAUGCACCAAAAUUGCACUUAUUUUUCUUUUUUUUCCAGUUUGUUCAUUAAAUGUUUUGUAAAAGGACAUAUUUAUUAAUGUAAACAUUUUCAAGAUUUGCUUUGCACUAAAACGUGCGUUGUCUUCAUUUAAAGUUAAUAAUUUAUUGUGUUAGUCUUCUAGCCUCCCGGAGAUCAAGUUGAGCCGUAUGUGGCCCCUGAACUAAAAUGAGUUUGACCCUCCUGAUCUAGAGGGUCGAGACCUGUCGCAACUGUUAAUGUGCGAAAGGCUGGAGUCCUCCAUGAAAUUCCUAUUUCUGAAUUAAUAUUCCAGUGAAAUAUCCCCCCAGACUCCAAGUAAUUGUUUCCUUGUCUAAUUCUUAUUUGUUGUUAUGUUGCCUUGUUGUACAUCUCUAGGUACAGAAAAAGUUAAAAUAAAAUCAAUCAGGAUGCAACAUGUGUACAUAUUUAUCCACACAGCGUAGUAGCAAACCAUGAUAUUAAGGAAACUUUGUCAAAAAAGAAAACUUAAAACCAUAUGUUUUGCAAAAGGACGUGAUGUGAAGGUAUUUAUGGAAAGCACAGUGCUGUGAUGUGAUGUGAUGAAGAUGUAGGAUUAAUAUCUAUUUAUGAACUAUUACACUUGUAUUUUAUUUAACUAUUAAUAUGGAUAAACAUUCAUUAAGAAACUUUCACUUCUUCGGUCUAUAAAAAUGGUACAUGAUGGAUUCACAAAUCUCAGAGGUGUUAUUUAUUGCUGCACCAUAUUUAUUUGGGUCACACCAAAUUAUAAUCUACAUUAUUUAAGAUUUUUUUUUUUUUUUUAAUAUUUCCAUUGUGCCAAUACAAAUCUACUUGUUCUUGUUCUCAGAUCCUUUUGCUUAUUUGAAGGUAUAUAUUCCUAAUUUUAAUACAAUUUUUCUGUUUUUGCAAAGUAAAAUGUUAAAUCUUAAAGCUUUAAGGAGUCUCUAAAGGGUCUUUUCAAGUCUUCAAGGAACCCGGUGACACUGGAUCCUGCGACGCUCCAGAGGUUUCUGCAGCAGCAGCUCUUCACCUGUCGAGAGAAGCCCUGAAUGUGUCAGGAAACACGACGCGAGCCCAAAAGCUUCUGGAAAGAUUUAAUCUCAUUUACUUUCACUGCUCUAACAAACAGUCAGGAUGAUGUCAGAUGCAGAAAAUGCUGCUAAAUAAGUCCAAUCAGUCGCUGAGAGGCUAAUAUCCAUGAUCUGAGAGGACCGUAACACGGUGACUCAAACAUGAGGACGUUGAUGUGCAUGCAGUUCUUUAACCAACUCCUUAAAUGUGAAGUGAAACAAACCAAAGACUAAAGAUGGCGUCUACGUUUUUUUUUUUUUUUUUUU